AUGAGUCGUAUCUAUUACCGGGGGGCCAGAGCUGCAAUUGUUUGUUAUGAUCUCACAGACUGCAGUAGUUUUGAAAGAGUGAAGUUUUGGGUAAAUGAACUGCAGAAUUUUGAAGAGAAUUGUCGGAUUUAUAUUUGUGGCACAAAGGUCGACCUAAUCGAAAAUGACAAGAAUAGACGGCAAGUUGAUUUCCAUGAUGUUCAAGAUUACGCAGAUGAGAUUAAAGCCCACCUUUGUGAGACAUCUAGUAAAACAGGACACAGUGUAGGUAAGGACAUGUUCUUUAAUUCAAUACGUGUAUCACUUUGCUUUCAUCAACACUUUAUCUAUGACACUUUAACAGCUUGCCUACAAGGGACUUAUACCCCCUUCCUGUCCAGGCCAAUUUCCAGCUUUCAGCGCUGUCACACUUUGAAUGACAAUUGCGCGGUCAUGCAACACUGUACCCAUAUGAAAGUUUUAUCAUUUUUUUGUGACAGAUAG